UAUAUAUUUGGAGUUUCUCUUUUGUCAUUGUCGGGUUUUUGGAACAAAAAGACUCGAAAGUCGCAGUCCAAAGAUAAAAAAGGGCAGAAAACACAGUAGCUUAACAGCUUUGAGAAACAACCCUGAAAAGGAGAAAUGGGUCAUGACCAAGAAGAGGAUACACCACCAACAACCCCAAUGACCGUCGCCAGCAGCGUCAUCAAAGACCAAGAAGAACAGGCUUGGAACCACCGGAAACGAACCCUUGUAGCGGAGCUUUCAGAGAAGCUGAUUACUGGAGACCUUCAGGCCAAGAUUGAAGCUGCCAGAGAUAUAAGAAAAGUUGUUAGGAGAUCAUGUGGUAAGACACGUUUGAAGUUUGCUGCUGCUGGUGUUAUUCCGCCUCUUGUUUCAAUGCUCCGUUGUCCUAAUCUCGAUGCACGUCAAACUUCUCUGCUUGCUCUCCUCAAUCUUUCUGUUAGAAAUGAAAGAAACAAGGUCAAUAUCGUGACAGCAGGGGCUGUACCUCCUCUCGUAGAGCUUCUCAAAUUGCAAAACAAUGGUUUGAGGGAAUUAGCCACGGCGGCGAUAUUAACGCUCUCAGCCGCUGCACCAAACAAGUCCGCAAUUGCAUCCUCCGGAGCUGCACCCUUUCUGGUUCAAAUCCUUAGCUCCGGAAGUGUUCAAGGAAAAGUCGAUGCCGUCACUGCAUUACACAACCUGUCGACCUGCAAAGAGAAUUCGGUUCCAAUUCUUGAUGCUAAAGCAGUUUCCCCACUUAUCAACCUCCUUAAAGAAUGCAAGAAAUACUCCAAGUUUGCUGAAAAAGCUACAGCCCUGCUCGAAAUCCUUUCUAAAUCCAAAGAAGGACGAGUUGCGAUCACUGAUACGGAUGGUGGGAUUUUAACCUUGGUGGAGACUGUUGAAGAUGGCUCUCUCCUCAGCACACAACAUGCCGUUGGAGCUUUGCUUUCUCUGUGCGAAAGCUGCCGAGCAAAGUACAGGGAACACAUUCUUAAUGAAGGUGCAAUUCCAGGGCUUCUUCGACUGACAGUAGAAGGCACUGACAUAGCUCGAGAAAGAGCCCGCAUUCUGUUGGAUUUACUCAGAGAUACUCCUCAAGAAAAGAAAUUGGCUCCCUCAGUUCUGGAGAAAAUCGUGUAUGAUAUUGCCAUUCAUGUAAACAGAACCGAUAAAGUUGCCGACACCGCCAAGAGAUUACUAGAAGACAUGGUUCAAAGAAGCAUGGAAGUCAACAUGAAUAGCGGUCAACACAGGCACGCAUCUCGUACACCUGCCCAAGUGCCAUCUGCAUGAACCAUUUCUGUCCAUUCUAUACCGGUCAAUAGAGUAAAAUGUGAUGGAUUAGGUUUCAUUAGGCUUUGUUGUACAUCUUGACCAUUGUGUAUUGAUAAAAUCCCCCACUUUUAUCAUACAUGUAUAUUUCCACC